AUGGCCUCCAAGAGCUCCUACCAAAGACUACAAACCGACGAAUGGUUUGAUGAUAUCGGUGACACCGGGAUCGACUCUGAGAAGCUACACGAAAGUAGGUGGUCGAGGAAUUACAGAAAGGUUCACAUUCGGAAGAAACUUAGGAUCAAGAUUCCAAGCUUGAAGAAACUGUUGAAGAGGAAGAAAGAUAAAUUUGUUGCGGCUUCAUGGUCUAAAUUUGUGAGAAGAUUGAAGGAAGUACAGUCCAACUUCGGUGAUAUUUUUGGAGGGAACUAUUUGUUCAUGCAGGUCUCUCCUCCCUCUUUGAAAUAUAUUGACAAGGCUCAUUUCUAUCUUCAGGAUCACUUGUCUUCUAAAUACUGCCUCCCUAGACCCUAG